AUGAGAAGGGCGAAAGGAUCUUCGGACCUAUUGUCCAUUAUGCUUGUUGAGUGUGCUUUACAUGCUCAAGAUUAUUCUCAUUCGCAUAGCAAGGACACUGGAUGGAGCACUUGUAGAACAAGCUGUUCGCAAUGGAUUAAGCUGCGUGGAUCACAUCCAGAUGGUCUCGAGGAUUGGCAAGAUUUGCUGAAUCGUCAACCUCCCGUUCUAAUCUUCGUUGAUUAUAAGAAAGCGCUUGACAGCAUCGAGACCAAUGUCAUACCGUCAACGCUCAUCCGCCAAGGACCCAUCUUACGUGAGGAUAUUGGCCGAAUACUGCUCUAG